UUUCCUCGAUGACGUCAGUGGAAAAGAAACGAACUGCGGGUUUAAUCGGCGUCUAAGUGCGGAGAGGAUCAGAGGAUACGGAGGACACUGAGGAUCAGAGCCUGGAGACAAGCAGCUCAUCUCGCCGACUGUGUCCUGUUUCAUGGGGGAGUUUGUUGAAUAAACAAUGACACGGCAGCUCUCAGUGUAACGCCCUGUUCUCAUGUUCAUACUGAUCUACUGAAGACAGGCCGAGUGAGAAGGAGAAGAGACGAGCAGCUCGGUGCAGUCGUGCGAUUGAACCAAAGCAUCAGAGGACAUUAAGCUGAGGACGAUCUGAGCCGGAGGACCUAUUCUUUAGUGUAGAUUACAUUUUGUAUUGUUUAAGGAGCUGACAUUUAUGUUUUUUUUUUCUUUUUUAACUCAAAAGCCCAUUUUUUUUCUCCAUGAGUACAUUUUGGAGUCACUAGUAUUGGAAAUUAUACAUGUUUACUUGAUUGUUUGCUAUUCAGCCUGCUCGAGUGUUACAAGAACAAACCCGUCAGACGCCAGGGGAAUUUUUUUUUUUUUAGUUUCUCUUUCCAUUGUCUCAACAUUGUUCAGUGAGCGUAGUCUCUGUUUCUCUUGUUUUAUGAGAAGCACAGAAGAAAGGUGUGACUUUGUGACGGGAAUCUUUGACUAGUAUCAGUAACAGGAUAUCAGAAAAUCUGAUUUGGGACAAUACAAUUUUGGGGAUUUUUUAGCAUCUAAAGUACUCAUUCACUGAAGUACUCAAGCCUGACACUAAAAGCAGAGUUUUGAACUAAAAAAAGAUUUUUGGUUCAAGGUCAGUAGAAUCUAAAGAAAAUCAGAUCGUUUCUGGGCAAUGGGAUCAGAAAAAGACUCUGAAUCACCCCAUUCAUCUGUUAGUGGCAUUCCUAAUCCUAAAUGUCGUGGUCCCGGCAAAAAACAAGGCAGGAUAUCUUUCGCCAACCUCUUUCACAGCAAACGUGGUUCCAGGAGAAGCAAAACUAAUUCGGGGACACCUUUAGCUCAGCAACACAGCCAGCAGCAACAGCAGCUUCUUCAGCCACCCACUCCUACCGCUGUCUCCCCGGACCCUCUUAUUGCCGACUCUACCGAGCCUUUAUCCUCCAGCGAGGCCUCUCUGGGAGGUCAGGAGCUCCAUGAGUGCCCACUAUGUUUGGUGCGCCAGCCACGGGAUCAGCUGGCUGAGCUUCAGGGCUGCAGUCAUCGCUCUUGCCUUUGCUGCCUGCGCCAGUACCUGCGCAUUGAGAUCACAGAGAGCCGUGUGCAGCUCAGCUGUCCCGAGUGUGCUGAGAGGUUGGCACCCAGGCAGGUGGCUCUCAUCCUGGAUGAUGCUGCCCUGCUUGAAAAGUAUGAGGAGUUUCUGCUAAGGCGGUGCCUCGCCUCAGACCCCGACUGCCGCUGGUGUCCAGCUCCAGACUGCGGGUUUGCCGUCAUCGCGUCAGGCUGUGCCAGCUGCCCCAGGCUUGUAUGUCGCAGGGAAGGCUGUGGAGCCGAGUUCUGCUACCACUGCAAGCAGGCCUGGCAUCCAAACCAGACGUGCGACUCGGCCCGGCAGCAAAGGGCACUUUCUCUGAGAACACACAGCAACCAUUCACCCAGUUACGCAACCGAGCAAGGGCCUACUGAUGACAUCAAGCCCUGUCCCCGAUGUGGUGCCUACAUCAUCAAGAUGAAUGACGGAAGCUGUAAUCACAUGACCUGCGCUGUGUGUGGCUGCGAGUUCUGCUGGCUGUGUAUGAAGGAAAUCUCUGACCUGCACUACCUCAGUCCAUCAGGUUGUACCUUCUGGGGAAAAAAGCCAUGGAGUCGAAAGAAGAAGAUUCUGUGGCAGCUUGGCACUCUGAUCGGUGCUCCGGUUGGCAUCACACUGAUCGCUGGCAUUGCGGUGCCUGCCAUGGUCAUCGGCAUCCCGGUUUACGUAGGAAGGAAGAUAUAUGCUCAUUAUGAGGGGAAGAAGAACUCCCAGCACAGAAGAAACCUGGCCAUUACCGGCGGUGUAGCCUUGUCAAUCAUCACUGCCCCGGUUAUUGCUGCUGUCAGUGUUGGAAUUGGCGUACCGAUCAUGCUGGCAUAUGUGUAUGGUGUGGUGCCGAUAUCUCUGUGUCGCGGUGGUGGCUGUGGUGUUAGCAGAGGGAAGGGACGAGGAGUCAGGAUUGACUUCGAUGAAGACGACGGACCCAUUACUGUUGCAGACGCAUGGAGAGCGCUGAAGUCUCCCAGCCUCGGUGAGAGCAGCCUAGAGGGAGCAGCCAGUGGCCUUAGCACCACCUCGCCUAGUGAAGGCCUGUCUGUGGCCCCCGGGGGUCUUGUCGACACGCCCCACUUCAACACACUAGCUGGAGGAGCUCUCGGAGCCCGGACAGGAAAAUACAGCAGGCUGGAGGUUCAGGGGACUGAGAUUGGAAAGGAAGGAGGACACAGAGAGACUGGAAGCUUGGGAGCAGCCAGUGACUGCGCAAGCACUCGAGGCAUGGCGGGAUCCAUUACCUCCUCAUACACGAUACCCGAUAGAGAAGGCACAAACCUGGAGAUUCAGGUGGACAUUGAAACCAAACCCAGCCAUCUGUGUUUAACCAGUGAGGAGGAUCUGGCUCCCCGUGCCUGUGCCAUGGCUGCUGCCUCAGCGGAAGAGCCUCAAGACUGCAGCUCUCAUCGAGGGAGGGUUUUAUCCCGCUCAUCUCUGGGGCUUUCAUCAGGAGGCUCGCUCAGAGAGGGGCUUGGUGACGUGACGCUGGCUCAGCCCGAGAGCAUCCGGAGCGACCUGGAGACAUCAGAUACGCAGUCAGACGACAUCGCCGAGCUCACAUCAGAGGAUUGCGACUCUCCAAACCCUCCACCUCAGCCCACCUGCCGAGCCCAGAACUCCACAGACGGCCUGCACUGCCCAGAUAACAUCAUCCUUUCUGUCUGAAAGGACCAGAGAGCUUUGACUGUUUUUUGUAUUAUUUUUUUUUUAAAUAUAACAAGUAAAAACAAAUUACAUGCUCUCUGGGGAAUUUUGGUGGCAUAGAGUCUGUCUGUUGUUCUGUCCGUCUCAUUUAAAUUACUGACAGGGCUCUACCUCUACGAUUCAUACUGUUAAUAAUUCAUUCACUAACUAGUGCAAAAAAUGCCUUGGCUAUCAAAGCAAAAAUAAGUCAAUAGAAAUCAUUAUGGCAAGAAUUCCUGUCAGAAACGACUAAAGAAAAAUAAUGCCAGACAAGUAAUACUUAAAAUAGUAUCAAGCACAAAUUUACAAUUUGUGAAGGACUCUGAAAAGGGUCUAUAUAUGGACUGUAAUUUUUAUGUAUGUUGGGAGUGUGUGUGUGUCAGUUAUUUUUAUUUAUAACAAAGCAACCUGGAAAUUGUAUCAUUUGCUGUAUGCAUGUGUAUGUAUGCAUGAAACACACAUGUAUACAAGUAUAGUAUGUAGUAGUUGCACUGACCAAGUUUGCACAGUGAUAAGAUGUAAACGGACUCGCACGUGAGUCUCACCUGCACAGAGAAGGAAGUUCAGUGCUGGAGGAUAGGCACUAAUGCGUAAGAAAAAAAAAAACACCAUCAUGGGGAAUAAGCAAUGACAGGGAAUCUGGUCAUGAUCAUUUUCCUAUAAAAGUAUUUCCUGAGGUGUUCUAUUCCUCUUAUACCACAGCAAUUUGCCAGCCAUUACAAUUUGUAUUUAUUUUUAUUAAAGAACAACAUCCAUUUAUAAUUUUGAAGACUUUCCUGUGUUGUGUGGGGGGAAAAAGGAAGGAUCUCAGAGUCACUAGCUCUAAAUUUGAACACCAGGGACUUUUUUCCCCCUGAAAUUGCUAGAAGACACUUCACACUUAUCAACAAUUAUAUGUUCUUUUUAAAUCUGUUGAUGUGGAGUGGCUGCAAGUAUAAUAUGUUUUCCAAUAAGAACGAGUUCCUUCUAACCAAUCUGAUGUACAAAUCUAACAGCGCUGUGGUUUAAGGAAGAACUAAUCACUUCGGAAGCAGACCGUUCCAGCUUAAUCAUUGCCAGCCUUAGAGACAAACUCUCUCCAUCAUGCUUUCAGUCCCUUUCCCACUGACAACACUAUGUGUGCGUGUGAGUGAUUUGUGAGUUUGUAUUAAAUAGCAAAGAUUUAAAGCAUCAAAGAUUUGAUGCACUUUUUUUUGUAAUAAAGCCUUGUAUUAUCAUGGACUCCCUGCAAUGUGGUUGGACUUGAGCGUAUCUGAAUAAUAAAUUUAAACAAAUCAUCAGCUUCUUGCACUUUAUAUCAGUAUUUGUCAUUGCCCUGAAAGCUAGUCUUUUCUGUAUAAGUAGGAUCCAUCUGAUUUAAUUUCUUUUAAUGACAAACUGUUUGAUUGUAUACUGUUUAUUAUUGUGGAAUGUAUUUGAAUAUUAUACUUUUUUCAUAUGCUGCAUUUUUGCUUCUUAUUGGUCUUUAAUUAUAAAAACUUAAAUUCUAAACUGAUGAAUGUUAUUAUUAUGUAAUAAAUUGGGGUCUUUCUUACAAUAGCAGCCCUGGAAAUAUGAUCCAAUCGAUACAGCAUUUAUGCUAUACUGUGGUAAUGUGCUGAACCUAGAGAAAACCCUUUGAUUAAACAGUAAAUACAACCUAAUUAAUACUGUUAUGAAAAACGGUAUUAAAAACAUGUCUUUCUUGCACUGUUCAUGCCUCAAAACAUGGCAAGGGGAUCAAACUGAGAAUAAAAGAUUGUGUUGCAACAA